AUCAGAUAAUGUUCUCUAGUCGAGGAAGAAGACCUGUUGGUAGAUAUCCGCGUAGAGCACCACAUCACAGACAUCAUCACCAAGCGAACAUACCACAACAUGGAGAACAUCGUGCGGAUAUUCGAGAUUCAACAAAGUUGUCCCGCAUUCAAAGCUUACUGUCUCGCAUCCGCGAUGACAAUGAAUCGGUUUACACUCGACGCACAAACUCUUUGAACCAAUUGUCGAAUAUGGUAAAUGAAUCAAUGUCAACGUGGGAGGCAAAUCAAUUGUUCGAAAGUAUGACGAAAGGGACGGGCGGAAUGCCGACGAUAGAAAGUCUUUUCGAAGAUACAAGAUCACCAUCAAACGCUCGUCUACUUUUGUCCAAGUUUCUUGCUCAGGUAGCUCUGAACAUGAAGGAUGACAUUGAAUUAUAUCUACGCUGGACGUUUGAACGGUUACACGUAACGGCGAGUGGAAACAGAGAUAAAGACAAGGAGAGAAAGAUGUGGAUAGUUGCUUCUUUACGCGAACUCCUCAGUCGUCCUGCCCAUUCAUCUUCUCAUCCACUUUCAUCAAUACUCCAACCUCUAAUUCCGUCCAUCCUAAUCGAUGUCGAAGCGCUUCUGGAUUCGAUGGAAUGUGUAGAUUGUUUUCCAGUUAUUCUUGAAGUGCUUGAAAAAAUUGUCGAAAAGUAUCCGAACGAAUUUUGUGAGAGAUUCCAGGAUAUAAUUGAUCUUCUUGUAGGAUGGCAUAUUGAUACCUCGGUUUCAGACAAUUUGCAUCGAUUAAUUUCAGAAACGUUCCUUAAACUGCGCCCGUGUUGGGCUCGUAAUCUUGAGUUUGCCUUCGAACUUAUGAGUCAUUUCCUAACUGAUAUGGAGAUCGAGCUUGGACUGCCCACAUUACCCGACGUUGGAAAGGAAAAGCAGAAUGAAAGCGAUCAUGAAGAAAACGACAAGGAUAAGAAGAAUGGUAUUUCGAGUAAUGUUAAGGCUUUGUUAAGCUGUUUCCAUGCCGUUGCAGAUGCAGUUGGCGGAGUUGUUCCAGCGCAAUCAACGGAGCAUUCUUAUGGAGCUGGAAUAGAUGACAAUUCGUACCCUUUUGAUAAAUUGCAUGCCUGGAUAAUUAAGAUUUUAAAUACUAUUGCUGAUACGCAUCUUGAUGUUGACUGGUUACGGAAAGGGAAUCAAAUAAUUAUUUCCUUGAGUGCAUACAGAAAAGCAGCCUCAAUGUAUCAACAAAUGCCCGCAAUUACUUUUUACUUGAAUCAGUUAGUAGUUACUCAGGAGGAAACCUUAACCGGCCGGCAAAUAGAUGAAUGGUUUGAUGGUUUAUUACAGAUUUUAUCUAACUGGAUACCUGUCGUUCAUCCAGAAAUUUUACUCACACUUGCGCAUCCUAAAUCUAAACUCCAGCAACUCCGCGUAUACAACCCUCGCAAUGCUCGUUUAUUUGCAGAUAUAUUGGAGAUGUUUCGGAUAUUAAUUAGAAAUCAAAACAAUAUGAUAGAGAUGGACGAAGUUGGAAAGAAAAAUUUAAUACGCGAGUUGGAUAAUGAAGUUAAUUGCAUGAUGGAGUUGAUAAUUGAAGAUCGGGAAGGGAAACGAGACAAAAGGAGAAAAUCGAGGAAAGAAGAAAAUGAAAAGAAAGUAGACGGAAUGGUGUUGGUCGUUGGAAAUGACGCAAAUAAGGUACCCGAAAAAGAAAAUGGAGAAGUUAUCGCUGACAGUGAGAAUAAAGAUGUUAGUGUGAAUGAAAUGAAGAAGAGUAAUGAUAAAGAAAAUUCUACGGCAAUCAGUAAACCGACUGACGAGACAGUUAAUAGGACAAUCGCAUCCUUGGUCCUGGUCGCCGAUCUCGAGUUGUUAUCCGAAAUCGCAAAAUCGUGGAAUCGCGAACUGGAGGUGUUUUCGGUUUUACUUCGCGUUUUCGAGAAGAUCAAUAAAUGCGCGUACUUUGACGCAGUUUUAAUGACAGCAACGAUCAAAUCGAUGAGAAAUGUUUCGCGAAGCUGCUCAUACUUUCUCUUACACCUUCACGCAUCUAAUUACCCAACCUUUUCCACUAUAACUUCCCUUAUUACCUCAAUCUUUAUAAAUCACGUUAACUUUCCCAUAAAUAUUAUAUCAUUAACCAUCGACUGGUUUUUAAAUAUAAUCAAACACGUCAAUAAUGAAGAAACGAGAGUGAAAGCAGAUUUAACAGAUAAUAUAACGAAAAAUACACAAAAAUAUACAAGAACGGACGCGAAAGUGCAUAUUGACACAGUGUUAGAUGCAUUGAUGAGGUUAUCAGAAGUAUCGAGAGAUAGAGAGAUUAGACUGGCUGUGGCCAGAGUGUUAAGAGAUUACUUUAAAGUAUUUGGCUCUGUUUCUGUUAAAGAAAGCAUUGUUGUUGGAAUAUGGCACAGAAUUGCCGAUGUUGAUCCCAAAGUACAAACAGAGUAUGCAAAGCUGCUGUAUAGCAUUAAUCCAUUCUACGCUGCCUUUCAACAUAACGAAUAUUCGGAUACGCUGUAUGAAGAUAUUAGAUCAACAAUCAUCUCGACACCUCACUUAGGCACCUUCCGCCCGCGCCACUUUCAAAUACUAAUGGCUCAUUUGGGAAUGGAAGAUUUCUUGUCAACAACAGACUCAGCAACGUUACACGAUUCUUAUCCACCUGAGAAUACGAAUAAUGGAGAAUGGCUGCAGAGAUUAUUUUAUUCUUGUCAGUCAGAAGCGACGUUCGAGCCCUUGAAUCAAAAGGGAAGAUCCAACGUUAGCACAAGUCAAAAUAGUAUCAAAAACAAUCCUACAAAUAAUAAUCCCAACGCUCCUACUGCAAAUGAUACCGCACUUACUUAUUCCAUCUUCGCCUCAACGAUUGCAAACUCGAUACCUUUGCUAACAUUCUGGUCGCUUUGGGAAUCGACAAGGUAUUGCAUACUAUCACGACUACGCACGCCAUUCGGAGGUCCGAAGCAGACGUUUGAUUGCUUAGAGAGACAUUUAAAUGACUUACUUGACAGUAUUGGAAAUACGUUAGGCAAUGAUGGAAAUGAAGCUAGUAAAAUUGAGACAAGUGAGGGAAUAACCAGUGCUGAGAUAGCCAAUAAUGGUGGUAUCACUUCGGACGCAAACGCACGCUCUUCUGCUGUUGGCGAAUGCGGUUUUUUUUCUCCCUCUUCAUCGCCAUCAACUCCUACCGCCCAUCUUGCCAACCUCCGUGCACUAUUAACUCUUCUUACUCUUCUUGAACUUCAAAUUCACAACGCCACAACUGGCACCGCGCUCUCCAUCAUCCCACCUGCCCCUCGGCCAAGCAUCGUGUUCUUCCGUACGAAUGAGAAAGUAUGUGGGGAUUGGUUCAGUCGAGUGAGAUACGGACUUGUGAAAGGCGCGAGAAUAGUUGGAGACGAUGCGAUGGUUGUAAGACAUGGCAUUAGUUAUUUGAAGGAGAAGAGUUGGGUGUUGGACAAGGAAAAAGGAGGACUGGAGAACGAGAGAGAGAAAGGUGGAAUGGGUGAUAGAGGUCAUUUCAGACAAGGAGAUGAUUUUCACAAUUUAACAACUGCAAAGAAUAAGCAAAGCUUAUCCUUGAACUAUAUUAACGAAUUUCAAACGGUUUGCAUGUAUAUCGUAGAAAGUUUGGAGAGGUUAAAGGAAGGGGAUAUAGUUGUCGGGUUAAAAGAAUGGUGUGUGAAGAAUAUCGAGGAGAAAAAUGCACGAAAAAAUGGUGGUAAUAUCAACAUCGUUGUUACCGGUGGGAAUGUGGAUGUGACUAGUACUACUCCCACAGUUCAACCCUGUACUCGCACGCUGCUCCAACGCAAACCACUUCCUCGUUCCUGGCCGAUACCCGCGUCGCUUAUGUUUACCUGGAUGAACCCUUCUAUACGAACAUCUUAUCUAGAAUACGAGGCAUCGAUUACUGAAGCCACACAAGUAUUGAAUGAAUUAUUCGAACAUGAAAAUAUGCAACAAGAAGGGCGUGAAGGAAGGGACAACUCGGGGCAGGCUCAAGAUGCAGUUAAUUCUCGGAGUGUGAUUCGCUUAAUAAGCCAGUUUGUAACAUCCAACAUUAUUGAUUGCUAUAUAAAACUCGAUGACAUGUCUUCUUUGUCCGAAUGGAUAAAGGAGCAUAAAAUAGAAGAUAGUAUGCUGCGCCCGUUGGUUAAAGAGAAUCGGCAAUAUGUAGAUGAAUUGGAGCGGUGGUACACGGCGGACGUGUUUGAAAAAUGGGAAGUAGGCGAAGAAACAGGUAGAAUUGGAGAAGACAUGGGCGUUAUUAAGGAAUCGUAUGAAGGACCGAAUGAUAUAAGGCUUAUUGAAUGGCUUUAUAGAUUAAAAUACGU